CCUGUACGUUUGUGUAUAUCGCUGAGAUAUAAAUUGAAAAUUAAAAAAACCUAAUAUUAAACUAUUUAAACAAUCAGCUUGAAAAUAGAAAAUGUUAAUAAAUUAACUAAAAUAUAAUGGGUAACUUCAAUUACUUAGCCAGAACCCAAUUGAAUGGUUAUUUGUGAGCUUUUUUCUUAAAUUGAAAAUCUGUUUUCGCGAAUAAGUCACUCACUCUCUAACAACCUGUGAAAAAUGGAGAAUCGCUUUGAAAGUGGCAUCUUCUCCGAAGCAUCAUCCUAUUUCAUCUCAGAUAGUUCGGAUGAGGAUUCGGAUGAUUGUGAGGAUUUGCCAACAUCAAAAGCACCCGAAAAUGAAGUGUCUGCUAGCGAAGAAGUCAACUUGCAUUACAUGUUGAUGAAAAGAGAGAAUACUGGACACUUUUCCGGUAAUCGAAGAAGCAAACAAGUGAAGCGUGCAUUUAACAAAGUGCCAACUAGAUUAGGAUUUUGUCUUAAAGAUAUUGUGCCGUAUUGUUAUUUACAAGGUCAUAUGUUUAUGGGCCUCACCGCUUGCGGACAAUAUCUUCUUAGCUAUAAGGUUUGUUGCAACGAAAGUUCUAAUGCGAAUGCCUCAUAUUUUAAUAUUGGAUAUAAGUACACAUUAUAUUUCUGGAUUUAUCGACCCCACCAACCCCUACGUAGAUUCUUUAAAAGUUGUCUUUUUGAUGAUCAUGGCGCUGAUAAUCUCAAAUCUGUUACCAUGGCACAAUGGGUAACUAAUCCUAGAGUUCUCAUUGUUCAUGGUGCGGCUGAGAAUGAAAAUGAAGAAUCUUACCUAACAUACGUAAAAGUUCCUAAACUAGGUUGUUUGGAUUGCAAAAAGCUACGUGAAUUUGACGAAGAUGGAUUUUCUCGUUGUGAUGCUUUAUGUAUCAAAUGCAAUCUGACAAUACACACAAAAUACUCAACGACAGAAUCCGAUCCAAAAUUCAAUCCACAUAUCAAUUUGAUAUGUCCCGAUAGGGUUAUCAUUAUUGCAAAUGGAUUUAUACACAUGCUACAUGUAGAUCUAGAAGCCACUCCCAAUAAUAACCAUCCUCCUCAAUCAAUGGCUGUGGCCGCAAUGGUACGUUGCACACCACCGCACGAGGUCCACCAACCGAUUGUGGAGACGAAAAAACCUACAAUCGCCUUCCCUAGACAAACCCCGGUAGCUGAAGAAACUAUUGGUUGUGAUAAUACGAAUAAUAUAGUCGCGCGAAUUAUUGCCGAUUUCUCUGACAUCGAAAAUGAGGCUCAAACGAGCAGUGGCAGCGGAGAAAAGACUGCACAUCGAACAGGCGAUACAGUAAAAACAAAGAAUUUUGAUGAAUUGAUUUUUACAUGUGGUCUGAGCUCAGGGGCUGGAUCCUCGAAGAAUUCCAAAAGCCAGACGACAAGUAGUACCACUGCUGGUGGCAGCAGUCAGACAAAAGUCAGUUUGGUAAAUCAUCAAGGCAAACGUAAUCACCGCAUUGUCACAAAAUCCUACCGCAAUGGUAUAACCACGGUAGAUCUGCAGAGUGCAAGCACCAGUUCAAGUGACAAAGCGAGUGCUUAUGAAUUUUCCGAGGACAAUGAAAAGUGUGAAAAGAUUGGCACAUUUCGGAAGCGACGGCUUGCUGAUAAGAAGUACGAAUUCUCUGAAGAUAAUUCGGAAAAUAUUAUUCCCUUUACGAAAAUACGUAUGACAAGCCAACAAAUGCUACCGGGAUCGGCUGCAAAUCGUCUUCAUCGAGCAACUAGUCAUUUUCACUCGCCAUGUGUUUCACCGCCAUCCACGUCGGCGUCACUCUCGAUAGAGAACAACAACUCGGCUUCAGUUCAUCAUUAUCAUGGUUUUCGGUCUCCGUGUGGUUCGCCUGUUGGCAAUACAAUGAUACGAUCGCCUGGGCACUUAUUCCAGCAACAAAAGUCUCCACCUUCUAGUACAUCCCAACAAAUGUUGAAUUUUAAGCCACUCACUACGAUCUCGCCAUUGCAAUUGUCAAUGGCUAAGAGGAAUCAUUAUGAAAUUGGGAAUAUGUCGCCAACAACAGUGCCAUUUCUAUCGCCCAGACGAGAUGAGCCAAAGGUUUUGGAGGUUCCACUGCAAGGUGGUUUCGGCCAAGAGAAACCUACAUGUACAAAGAAGUUCAAAAGACGUUUUGUUGAAGAAGAUGAUGCAGCUUCAGUUAUAACCAGCGAAGAAGAUGACUGCAUCUCACCGGGCUACCAUACUUCAUUGCCAAUGGAAGUCCACGGAUCAUGCUAUUCAGACAUGCAAAUGAUCUCACAGAUGUCCUAUGAAAAGCUCAGAUGUGUAUCAGUCGUUAUAACUCAACAUUCGUUUGACUUGGAGACGUUCACUUAUUACGUCAUAAGUAAUUUGUGUCAGAAAAACAACAAAAUCUAUGAUGUUUUCUACGAUUGGGCUUGUGAGCUUAUCAAUGUCUGUCCACGAAGUAAUCUUAUUUCAUGCGUUCUUAUGGCACAUUUCACAGCACGAGAUCAACUGCCCACCACUUGCAACAACUGCCUGAAUUGCUCAAGGAAUAUUGAUUGUGUUUUCCAUCGAAAACAAUUUGAAUGUCGUAUUCUCUUCACAUGGAAUAUGGAAUUAGGCGAUUGGGAUGUACUGGAUUAUGGUGAACUUCAUGAAUUCAAUCGAACUGGCCAACCUUACGAUAGUGGCAGUACAAAGUCAUCAUCCAAAUCAUUUGGUGGUGGACUCUCCCAAACUGCCAAGUCUCUUGCCCAAGACCUUGCUGCCAGUUUGGAUAAAUUACAGGAUUUCUCGUCAAAUUUGCGAGUUUGGGACUCGAAUGUUAGUAAAUCAAAAUCCUGCCUAACAGAUUUGGACAAUGUGAUUGAAUUCUUUCUUAAGCGACCUAGGUUUAGUGAGUAAUAGUGUGAAAGGAAUAAGUAAAGUGGUUGGUGCGAAAUGACCACCCACCUCGCCUCUGGUCAGAUGUGUGUGUAUCAGUUGCUGCUUGACUGAUAUAUUGAAAAGACUUCUAAUUCUAACUGAUUUUUUUUAGUUUUUAAAAUUUUUAUCAAAAUGAAUGUGAUUUGAUUGUAAUUUUAAGUUUAUCAUGAUAAUGUCAAUGACAUUUUUUUUAAUUUUUAUUUUCUCUUUAUCAUUUGAUUUUAAUUAAAUUUUAAGAAAUUUAAAGAACUUUUCAUAGUUCUAUGUACUUUUGAUUUUAUUUUUUAUUUUUUUCGUCAUACUCAUUAUAAGGUAGUAGGAUUUUGAUUUUGAAAUUUACGAGUGAGAAUAUAAUUAUUAAUUUGCUAUAAAUUCUGAAUAAUAUUUCAGUGAAAAAAUUAU